UAGGAAUUCAAUAAGCGGAAGGCAGAUGUGGACUUCCUGGACUGUGUUUCCUGUGGUACUGGACAGUGGACUCUGAGCUGGCACAGUGCAAGACCUCCACCUCCCUGUCGUCACCUUCUGUCCCUAACAGGGCUGUCAUGCUGUCCCUUGAGGCUGUGUUCUUUACCCUGCUCUUGACAGCCAGUUCGCUGGGCCAAAGGGCUCAAAAGCCCUCUGGAUCUAUGUCCCCAAUCAGCACCAUCCAGGCCCAGGCCAAUUUCGAUGUUCAGCAGUUUGCAGGAACAUGGCUUCUCGUGGCUGUGGGCUCUGCAUGCCGCUUUCUUCAGGAGCAAGGAUACCGGGCUGAGGCCACCACAUUGCACACAGCUCCCCAGGGUGCAGCUAUGGCUGUCAGCACCUUCCGGAAACUAGAUGGGAUAUGUUGGCAGAUACGGCAACUCUUUGGAGUCACAGGGGUCCCUGGACGCUUCUUACUCCAAGCCCCAGGGCUCCGUGGUCCAGUGCAUGUGGUUGUUGCUGAGACCGACUACCAGAGCUUUGCCGUUCUGUAUCUGGAGCAGGCAAGGAAGCUAUCUGUGAAACUUUAUGCCCGCUCACUGCCUGUGAGUGACUCUGCCCUGAAUGUGUUUGAACAGCGAGUCAGGGGAGCCAACCUGACAGAAGACCAGAUCUUUUUCUUUCCCAAGUAUGGUUUCUGCAAGACUUCAGACCAGUUCCACAUCCUGAACGAGAUACAGAGAUAAGGCCAUCAGGUGGAGAAGCUGUGGACAGUGGACUGCCCUUAGAGAAUUCUGAGCACCCUGAACAAACUCUUGAAAUUUCUUCUAUCUGUCCCCAGAAUCACCCCUUCAUACUCUGUUGUCCUGGAGCUUUUUUAGUAAACAGUAGUAGACUUGG